GAUGGGUCCAACCGAGCUACUCUUCAUCGCAGCUAUAACCGUGGGAGGUGUCUUUGGAAGGCUAAAUUCUCGUCAGCCCAGUGGCUAUACACCGCACCGAAUUGUCGGAGGUGCUGAUGUUCCACCGGGGGAACAUGUACCCUACCAGGUUUCCCUGCAAUACAGAACCCGUGCCGGUCAGAUGCACUUCUGCGGCGGAUCCAUCAUUGCCCCCAAUCGCAUCCUAACGGCUGCCCAUUGUUGCCAGGGCCUGAAUGCAAGUCGCAUGUCUGUGGUGGCCGGAAUUCGUGGUCUGAACGAAAGGGGUUCCCGCUCCCAAGUCCUGACCUACAGUAUUCAUCCCAAAUACAAAGAACUGGUGACCAGCGAUCUGGCCGUGCUGUCCAUUGAUCCCCUGAAGCUUAACAAUGCCAGCAUCACCUCCAUUGAGUACAAAUCUAUGCAAAGAGAGUUUGUAAACGGUGGAGUUCCGGUGACGCUGACGGGCUGGGGGCUCCGUUUGCCGGUUCCCUUUCCCUUCCUGGAUGAAGUCAACUAUCCAAACAUACUUCAACGGAUGAGCUACCACACGAUCUCGAACAGGGAGUGCAGGGAUGCGGGAAUGGACAGCGUUACGGAUACGGAGAUCUGCGCAAGAGGACCUUUCAGGGGCGCCUGUUCGGGCGACUCUGGUGGACCCCUGGUCAUGCAAACGAAAAAAGGCCUCAAGCAAGUGGGCAUAGUUUCCUACGGUCUGGUUGUGUGUGGUCUGUACAUAUCUCCAGAUGUCUACACCCGGGUGUCAACCUUCAGUGAGUGGAUAGAAGGUCAAGUGGAAUCGUAAGGGGGUUGA